AUGCCAGCCCCUAUUUCCGAGGAGAUGCGGCCGGAUCUGCAUCAGGACCAGCUCGAAGCCGUGGGCAAGGCGUUCGAUGCCCUACUACUAACAUUGUACCGGCUUACCAACAGACACAAUGAACUCAAGCAACAUACCGAGGAUGUCUUCAAACAGUACACCGAUGUUAUCAGGCAGCUACCUCCUCCAGAUAGACCUCGUGCGAUGGAGGUACAGCAAAGGUUAUUGGAUCAACAGAAAGAAUUGUGUCUAGGCCUUGUGCACAACAAACCUCCAAUCGAAGAGCAGUCGCUCAAUUCCAUGCAUGUAAUCAAGACCCUCGUUUCACACCAAAAUGUAGACGAAAAUGCCACUCGGGCCAUCGUGGCUGGGGUUAAGGGCUAUAAGGCUCUACUCCGUACCCAGGAUGGUGUUUCCCAAAUGUCCUCUACCAAUUCUUGCAUGUUUGUGCGUGGCCCAGACUCUGUGUACCUGGAGGAAGACUUCACCACCAACGGUGCUCAGGGUAGCCUGCACUGCCCAUUCUCAAAACCCAAGGCACCCUCAGGAAGUGAGGCGUUGAAUGGGACGGAUGAUGGCCCUAAGAUUCAAGUUGAUACAUGUGGUCACGAGAAUUUGGACCCUAUCAAGGCCGAACAGGACGAACGACGGUCCAGUACAACGCCAUCUGUGCGGACCUCGGGAAGUCGAUGCCCUGUUUCAAGAUGUCCUAUUCGAUACUUGGACAAACAUUCGCCAGAGGAAAUUGCCGAGUAUGUGGAGAGACAUAAGCAUGAAAUUCCUCGAAGCCAUGCCAUCUGCGUGAAGCGCUACCAGAGAGACCCUCAGAAUAUGCGACAGCUGGAUGCGAAGUAUGGCGGAUUGAUUAAUAUGAUAAGUGGUCUUUCAGCCAAGCAUCAGGCUUUCUUGCCAGCAAAUGGCGAUGGCGAUGGCCAGGCGCCGUCUGUGUCUACCGAGAGAGUUGAGAAAUGGGCAGAGAACUUGGACCCAGCCGAUCCCGGACCUCCGCCACCUCCGGAUGAGAAUGAGAAUGAUAAUGAGAACGAUGAUGACCGCAAGGGUCGCUUUGACCGUCCUCUCCGCGAGGUACGCUUGGGUGAAUCCCCAAGCCGACCAUGGGGUAUUCCUGUACCCAUCACCCAGCAAACCAGCGCUUCACUUCCCUUCUCUGGAUCUCUACCUGGCCCUAUGUCUCCUGAGUCUCAUGUCGGACCCCUUGAGACCACCGAUGCCUCAUCUAAGCCGGCCGGUCGCUGCCCAUUUGGACAUGGUGCCCCCAAGCCAGAAGCAGCUGAACCCGUUUCAGCGCCUCCUCCCCCCGUUGCCGCUGCCCCCGAAGUCGAACGGUCGGUGUCACCUCUGUCCAAUUGGGCCAAACAUGUCCAGCCUGCUCAAGCGGAUGCCGAUUCCCCCCAGGGUGAUCCCACUGCCAAGGCAAACACAAAUCCCAUGCCAUCUCAUGUCACGUUCAAUGGACCGGUGUUCUUCGGAUAUUCAGCUGAGCAGACGGCUAGCUUGAUGCAACAACUGCGUAAUAUGGGGAUGCAGCUAUGA